GAAAACUUUCCGGGCGUUGGCUAGCGGAGUACGGCAUAUCGUUGUCACCUUACGCAGUAGGAUAAAACCACAAUCUUUCCUGGAGAAGCGUUUAUACUACGUUUUCAAAUAUUCUACACACUCCUACCCUUAAAAUACCCCGAAAAUGGCCACCGACGCGCCAGCAGCAGCGCGCAAAUGUUUGGGUUGCGACAACGAGGCGAGCUCGCUACAGUGCCCAAAUUGCCAGAAGAUUGGCAAAGAGAGUUUCUUCUGUUCACAAGACUGUUUCAAGCGUAACUGGGCCGAACACAAGAAGCUCCACAAGUCGCAAAGUAGUAUUCUCCAAAACUUCUUCACACCAAAGGUCGUUUCUCACCCGGAUCCAGCUACCGGUCACUUCAACCCCUUCCCACAAUUCUCCUUCACUGGAAGCCUCAGACCCGUAUACCCACUGUCGCCUCGACGAGAGGUCCCCGCGAGCAUACAACAUCCAGACUACGCAGAGAAGGGCAUCCCAUACUCGGAGCAGAAGAUCAUUGGCAGGCACAAUGUGAAGGUCCUCACACCUAAAGAGCAGGAUGGAAUGCGCACGGUGUGCAGAUUGGCGCGCGAGGUUCUCGACAUUGCCGCCAGGGCUGCGAAGCCUGGUGUUACGACCGACUACAUCGACGAGAUCGUUCACAAGGCCUGCUUAGAGCGAGACUCCUACCCGUCGCCUCUUAACUACUGCCACUUCCCCAAGUCUGUUUGCACGUCACCAAACGAGGUCAUCUGCCACGGCAUUCCCGAUCAGAGAGUCCUGAAAGAUGGCGAUAUUCUGAACAUCGAUGUCACCCUUUAUCACGGCGGCUUCCACGGCGAUUUGAACGAGACAUACUACAUUGGCGACAAGGCAUUGGCGGAUCCUGAUUCCGUGCGCGUUGUAGAGACAGCACGUGAGUGUCUCGAUAAGGCCAUCGAUAUCGUCAAGCCGGGCAUGCUCUUCCGUGAUGCUGGUAACAUCAUUGAGGCGCAUGCGAAGACCAAGAAGUGCAGUGUGAUCAAGACCUACUGCGGCCACGGCAUCAACCAACUUUUCCAUUGCGCUCCUAAUGUUCCACAUUAUGCCAAGAACAAGGCUAUCGGGCAAGCAAAACCUGGACAAUGCUUCACUAUUGAGCCCAUGAUCAGUCUAGGUACCUGGAGAGACAAGACCUGGCCUGACGACUGGACCAGUGUUACACAGGACGGCACUCGGACUGCGCAGUUUGAACAUACUCUUCUUGUUACCGAAGAUGGUGUCGAGAUUCUUACUGCAAGGCUUCCAGAUUCCCCCGGAGGCGCUGUGCCAAUGCCAGUUGCCAAUGGCGAGGCUGCUUGAAUGGCGAUUACAGAGCGUCCGCGAACAUUCUUCUGAGGUUUGACAUAAGCAUCAUGAUAUCCCCCAACUCCGUGCAUGGCAAUAUGUAGUUGAAUUAAGCUCGCAUUAGCCUGUUCAAUUACCGGGCUUUCUGUUUGGACUAUUGUGUAACGGAUAUAGACAUCUUGAAACUGAAUAGACGAACCGAAACGAAACGAAAUGAUGAAAGCUUGUCGUUCAACGUACAU